GUGGUUAUGCCAGAGCUCUCUGUAAAAACAGACAUAUUUGCAAUUCCUUACUGGAGGGUUGCUAUACUUUGAAGUUGCUAAGGUCUGCGACAGCGACGGAAGAAGCCAUUUAACCUUUUCGGACUAAAGAUUCCCCCAAACCUCAACCAAGAUGUUCUACACUUGUGGUCCCAAUGAAGCCAUGGUUGUGUCUGGCUUUGGUCGCUCUCCUCCUCUGAUGAUUGCUGGAGGCAGAGUGUUUGUCCUCCCAUGCAUCCAGAAGAUCCAACGGAUCACUCUGAACACCCUGACUCUGAAUGUGAAGAGUGAAAAGGUGUACACCCGCCAUGGAGUUCCCAUAUCUGUCACUGGCAUAGCUCAGGUGAAGAUCCAGGGUCAGAACAAGCAGAUGCUGGCCACAGCCUGUCAGAUGUUCAUGGGGAAGUCGGAACACGAGGUGUCCCAGAUCGCCCUGGAGACGCUGGAGGGUCACCAGAGGGCCAUCAUCGCCCACCUGUCUGUAGAGGAGAUCUACCAGGACCGCAAGAAGUUCUCUGAGCAGGUCUUCAAGGUGGCGUCGUCCGACCUGGUCAACAUGGGCAUCGGUGUGGUCAGCUACACGCUCAAGGAUGUUCACGAUGACCAGGGAUACCUGAUCUCCCUGGGCAAGGCCAGGACUGCGCAGGUGCAGAAGGAUGCCAGGAUCGGAGAGGCCCAGUACAAAAGGGACGCAGUCAUCAGGGAGGCCCACGCCAUGCAGGAGAAAGUGUCCGCCCAGUAUGUGAACGAGAUCCAGAUGGCCAAGGCCCAGAGAGACUACGAGCUGAAGAAGGCCACGUACGACUAUGAGGUCAACACCAAGAAGGCAGAGUCCGAGAUGGCCUACCAGCUCCAGGUGGCCAAGACCAAGCAGCACAUCGAGGAGGAGACCAUGCAGGUGAAGGUGGUGGAGCGCAGCCAGCAGAUCCUGCUGCAGGAGCAGGAGAUCCUGAGGAAGGAGAUGGAGCUGGAGGCCCAGGUCAAGAAGCCCGCGGAGGCCGAGAAAUACCGCCUGGAGAGGCUGGCCGAGGCCUACAGGCUGCAGCUCAUCAUGGAGGCUGAGGCAGAGGCAGAGUCCAUCAGGAUGAAGGGCGAGGCCGAGGCGUUCGCUGUGGAGGCCAAGGGCCGGGCCGAGGCUGAGCAGAUGGCCAAGAAGGCGGAGGCCUUCAAGCAGUACAAGGAGGGCGCCAUGGUGGACCUGCUGCUGGAGAAGCUGCCUUUGAUGGCUGAGGAGAUUAGCAAGCCACUCUCCAUGGCCCAGAAGAUCACCAUGAUUUCCAGCGGCGAUUCCGAGGUGGGCGUGGCCAAACUGACUGGAGAGGUGCUGGACAUCAUGACCAGACUUCCUGCAGCCAUACAGAAACUCACUGGAGUCAACAUCUCGGUGAAUUGAGUCCCUGACGUGCAGAUAAAUACCUGGAAUGGUUUAUCUGGAGGUCUAUAUCGCCCCCCCAGAACAUAUUACCACUAUAACUCCCAAGUCUGUGUGUUUGUUUGUCUGUAUCUCUUCUGCACUCUAAGAUGACCUCCUCCACUGGGGUGCUGAGCCUGAAUCUCUCUAGAACUCUGUAAUCUGAAACUGCCAUAAAAGCAAAAGGGCGUAAAAUGAGGGGUGGCUUGACUAAAGAAAGCCAAUAAAACUAGCGGGUAAGACUCUAGCCUACUAAUCUUUCGUACCCAAAUUUUAGUAUGCCGUUUUUAUGACUGACUUUUUUCAGCUGUUUUCUAAUCAAAAGACUGGAGUCUUUCAACAAAGCUGUUACAGUUUUUACGUUUAGAUUUUCGCAUGGAUACAUCAUGAAGUUGGAUUUCCAUCUCAGUACCUUUUCGUUGUUGAUUGGAGGCAGUAGAAAUGUGUAACGUACGGCGGUCACUACUAUGAUCUGACUGAAUUACUUUUUUAUUAUGAUAAAAUGAAGACAUUUCCUUAUUUUAUAUCUCUUAAUCGGGCAUAUCGAAGUUCUUUUAACACAUAGCAGGAAUGUUAUAUUUGUUGUGUUAGCUUUGCUAAUCGCAUGCUCUUUGGGAAGACAAAAUAAGUAGUCAGAACUAACCUCCCAACUUGCUCUUCGUUGGCGUUUCUUAUAAGUAACCUGUAUGAAAGACGUGCACAGAAUGCUUUGCAUGUCUUUACCGCAGUCCUGUACUGUGAGAGGAGAUUUUGGAGUUACGAGUUGAGUUUCUUGUCAAGUGAAAGAUGGUGAAGGAUGUGGCGAUGGUAACAUUCUGGGGGUUUUCCUGCUCAGAAGUCUGUGUGGUUGUCAUCGACUGUGCAGUACAGUGAGCCCUGACCUUAAGGUUUCCUGCAACUCAGAUACUUAUUUGAAAUGUUCCAUGUUUAGUUUUUUUCUUCCCGUGUGUAUCUCCAGUUGACAUGCACACCAGCACUAGGACUAUUGCUAUAUUGAUAGGUUGGUUGCGUUUUGCCAGUUACUUUUUGUAAUGUGUUUGGGUUGGGGUAGGAUUAUAUCAACAUGCUGCUAUGGUCAGUUCGGUUUUAGUUCAUAUACCUCUCUUCAAGAAUCUACAUAACUACUCUUGGUUGUCUGUGCAUCAUGUUACUUCAAAGUGCCUGAAUAUUUUAAAAGGCUUCUGUUGCCCAACUGACAUCAGAAGAUAGAUGUGCUUAUUAUAGUGUCGAUAAUCGAGCCUUAAGAAUUCUGACAAUUUUCCCCCGUUUGUCUAGGCUACUGUCAGACUAAGAUCACCAUUCGUGUACCCUAUACAGUGGCCAAAACAAUGCUUGCCUAACAUUUGUGAGACUGUACCAUAGUUAUAUACACACAUUAAACAAUCUCAGAUUUUUGUAAUUGAA